AUGCCCCUCGUAGUCCCCGGUCUGAUGUCCAAGGACGGCUCGUCAGGAAACGACUGGAUGGGCAAGCUCAUGGGCAAGAAGCUCGGCGAUUCGCACAACGAGACUACGUUCGCGAAGAAGGAUCUCCCUGAGGUGCACCGCGUCCUCAAGCCCGAUAGCACGAUGACGAUGGACCACAGGCCCGACAGGCUGAACAUUCACGUUGAUGACGAUGGUACGGUUAAGAAGGUUGUGCAUGGUUGA